CAAAGGCUAUCAAAUAUAGUUGGAUAUACAGUGAAGGACAAAUCAUGAAAAAUAUGUGUUGCAGAUAAAACUAGUAACACUAGUGUAAAUUGUGAAUUGUAGCGUAUUAAAGGGAUACUCUAAUAAUUCUGUCAUGAAUUAUGUAAAUUAAUAUAUUGAUUAAUAAGUAAAUAAAUAAAAAUGUGUUGUUCUGUUAAACACAAAGAUAUUUGGAAAAAUGUUGGCAAUUUCCAGUUGUGGGACAUUGACUUCCAUAGUAGGGAAAAUGUAAUGGCAGUCAAAGGUGCCCUAGAACUGUUUGCUUUCCUAAAUUCUAAAAAAUAUCUCAUUUUGUGUUCAACAGAGCCAAAACAAACCCUACUCUGGUAGUCAAUGUCGUCUCGGAGAUGUCAGUUGCUAACAUUUUUCCAAAUAUCUUUGUGGUAAGCUGAACAAAGAAAUGUAUACAGGUUUGGAACAACUUGAGGGUGAGUAAAUGAUGACAGCAUUUUCAUUUUGGGGUGGAGUAUCCCUUUAAGUAUCAACACUUACUAGUCCAAUUCAAGAUUGUAACUGUCAUCUGUACUUUAACGAAUUGUUUUAUUUACAAAAGAAGUAGAUGGACAUAAGAAGCAAAAGACAAAGCCAAUAAAAAUACGAAUGCAUACAAAGGGCAAACAAUAGCAGAUAACACACAAUAACAAAACUUCACCAUGCAAUAUAUGAAAGCAAUAGACAACACAAAACAGUAAGAAAAUGUAACUCUUCCACAAAAGUGACAUAGUUAACUAAAGACUAAUAGAAAAACAAGUUUAUAUGAAAGUUGUUGAUGAUGCAUGCGAUGGACUUUUUAAAACGUGAACUGCGUUUCCUAAAAGCAUCAAGGUUUCUGAGGUAAAUAUCAAUCACUGUGAAAAUUGUAUUAUAGUAAAAAUAAGUGUAUUAACCACUUGGCAGAUUCAUUGCCAUUUGAAUUAUCGUAGUUGUAGCACAGAUUUCAUGGUUAAACUGUGGUUACUGUAGUGGUUAAUAAUUGUUAGGGAUUUUUUUUCCGGGUUACGCCUCGAUGUCCUGACCGCGCGCGCGCUUCCAUCAUGCAGCUGUAUUUGGGAAUGUCGCGCACACUUUUUGUCGUCGUCCUCGUCACUGUCUCGAGCGUUGCGCACGGUGGUAACGUGCUCGUGUUACCGGGCGAAUACAGUCACUGGUACAACAUGCGCAACAUCGUGGACGAGCUGCUGAACCGAGACCACAGCGUGACGGUUCUGGUGAGCACGGCUUCAAUCACCGUGAACUUUAGACAGCCGGAGCGCUUCCAGUUUGUGGUCUUCAAUGUGUCUCUACAGGCGCGCGAGCUGCACGGUCUGAGCGAAGAGCUGGUCAACAUCUGGAUGCAGUACCCCAGACCGAACAUGGUCCGGACAGGUCUCGAGAUCAUGAACCUGCUCGGGAAACUGCGCGAGAUGCACCAGACCAUGUGUGACGCUAUGCUGCGUAACGCAGAGCUGAUCGCUCGUCUGAAGGCUUUAAGGUUUGAUGUGCUCUUAUAUGACCCCAUGAUCAUAUGCAGUGACCUGCUGGCUGAAAUUCUGGACCUGCCGGUCGUCAUCUCCCUGAGGUUUUCUCUGGGUUUUUCUAUGGAGAGGAUGUGUGGACAGAUGCCCGCGCCACCCUCUUUUGUCCCGGUUCCUCCGUCGGUGAUGACGGAUCACAUGAGUUUCACUGAAAGACUGAAAAAUGGGAUUGUUUAUGCUGUUUAUUCUGCUGCGUUUCGGGUGGCCUUCAACAGUUUGGAUAACUACUACAGUCAAGUGUUAGGUAAACCCACAACUAUGUGUGAGAUGAUGGGAAAGGCCGACAUCUGGUUGAUCAGAACCUACUGGGAUGUUGAGUUUCCUCGACCAUUGAUGCCUAAUUUUAAAUUUGUUGGAGGAUUACACUGCAAACCUGCCAAACCUCUUCUAAAGGAUCUGGAGGAGUUUGUUCAGAGUUCAGGAGAUCAUGGCAUUGUCGUGUUUUCAUUGGGAACUUUGGUGAAUAAUCUGACAAUGGACAGAGCAAACAUGAUCGCUUCUGCUUUCGCUCAGAUCCCACAAAAGGUUGUGUGGCGUCACAGUGGGAAAACACCAGAAACUCUGUCCCCCAACACAAAACUCUACGACUGGAUCCCACAGAAUGAUUUACUUGGACAUCCCAAAACGAAGGCCUUCUUUUCUCACGGUGGGACGAACGGACUGUAUGAAGCUGUUUAUCAUGGUGUUCCUAUGGUGGGUUUACCACUGUUUGCUGAUCAGCCGGAUAAUCUCAACCAUAUGAAAAGCAAAGGAGCUGCUGUCGUCCUCGACGUCAACACCAUGACGUCCAAAGACCUGGUGGACGCUCUCAACACUGUCAUUUAUAAUACAACGUACAAGGAGAGCAUGAUGAAGCUGUCCAGAAUUCAUCACGACCAGCCCAUGAAGCCUCUGGAUCAGGCCGUGUUCUGGAUCGAGUUUGUGAUGAGGAAUAAAGGAGCGAAACACUUGAGAGUUCAGGCACACGAACUGACCUGGUAUCAGUAUCAUCUACUGGAUGUCAUGGCCUUCUUACUCACUAUUUUUACUCUCAGUGUGUUCAUUUUCAUCAAAACCUGCUGUUUUCUUUACCGCAAGUGUUUCAGGAGGACUGUUCCUGAUCACAGAGCAAAAAAUAAGAAUAAAAAAGAGUGAAUGUACAAUAUCGUGAUAAUGUGUGUUAUGCUGUGCAGUGUGUUCUCAAGAGCAAAAAGGAAUACAUGAAUAUAUAUGUGAAAUGAAUUUAUUCUCAAGUUUGUAUUUCAUUUUAGAAACCAUGUUGUGGUUUGUUGGUGAAAUUGGAACCAAGGUUUUAUAACAGCUGAUGGGUCAUAAUAGUAUUUGAAACGGAAAACAUUGUAGUGUUUUUUGGAAGGACAUGGUUUUCAUACAAAUGUAAAAGUUAAAGCACUACAGUAAAUGUUAUGAUUUCUUUAUUUUCAGAUUACGAAAAUGUUAUUUGUGGCGAGCUUUAUGUGUAUUUAGCAGCCAUUUUAUUCAUGGUAUUUAUUUUAGAUUUUCUAACAAUUUUGCACAAGCUAGAUGAUGGCCUGACUAACAGCACCACACCUUCAACAGAAAUAAAAAGAAUAUCUUCA